AUGCACCGGCUGGUCCUGGCAGGUGGCACUGCGCAAAACCCGACGGCGAGGGCUGCAGCCUCCUGCCUCCCGACCAGAGGAUCUUGUCGCCCGCCUGCUCCCCGGCAGCCCCAGCGGCGGGAUGGGGACACCGAGAACCCAAGCUCUUCCCUAGCGCGGAACCUGGCUUUCCAAGUUGUGGACUGUCACCAAUUGUCCCAGUGCUUAACCUCAAGGAGUUUCGAGGCACCGACUUCACCUAAAAUCCCUGCGGAGGGCACCACGAAGUCCCUGACACUCCCUGGACCGGCGCCCCCAAGGCCUGCAGUGGUCAGUUUCUCCUUUCAGACCCGCCUGGGGCUCCCGACCAGCCGACGGCCGACCUUGGACGUUCUUCCUGGAGCAGGGAGAGGCCUGGUGGCCGGGGCCAGGCUCCGCUCAGGGCAGCCCAGCUUCCAGCUAGCCCCCGCGCAGGUGGAAGGGGCCCCAUGGGCCGCCCGACCCCGGCCAGAUCCAGGCCUUGGCUCCUGGGUCACCUCCAGAAAGGCUCUAUUUUCGGGCGUCCCACCCGGCUCUCCCCCAGCGUGCGCCCACUCCUCCUUCCCAACAGGUUUAGUUGCUCUUUUUCGGUUUCUUUCUUCGACGCUCCUCUGUUACCCACCCCCUGAGCACGCGCGCCCACCAGCACCGGGAGGAACUAGAGGGCGUGGGCUCCCUGGGGGCUCCCGCGGGUCCCGGGCGAGGCGCUUUCUCCGCGCAGGGCCGAGGUGGAGGCCCACUCGCAGCCGAGGGCAGCGGGGUGGGCGGUGCACACAAGUGGCCAGGCCGGGGAGGGGGCCGCGCCGGGGGUCUGGGCGAAGGCGCUCGUCCCCGCCCGGGCCCUCCAACCCUCCCCAUCUGUCGGACCGAAGCUGCUGAGGCUGCAGAAACGCGCUGGCGCCUGUCCACCGCCGGCAAACAAAACCAAACAAAAAGCGGCGAAAGGAAAAGCGAAUAUGGCGCUGCUGAAAAUGGAGCCUCGACAUCUAGAACGUCUUUCUUACCGCACCAACCUCCUCCGAGGAGCCGUGCGCCUGCCAGCCGCAGCAGGGACCUUGCCUGGUGUCCUGCAUCACCCACCCCGCUGCUCCCCGACUUGCGCGGCCGGGUCCCAUCAGCUGAGCGUCCCCCGAACAGAUUUUAUUAAGAAGUUAACGCGCUUUCCUCCCACCACCACCCUCCGUUUCCCUUUGGCUUUGGCAGUAGUUCAUGGGCAUUGCAUGAUUUUUGAAUAGGUAAGAAAUCUGAAUUUCAUUUUCCCAGGGGACUUCCAAUGACGAUUUUAAAAGAAGCUUGCAAAGAAAAUAGCAAUGUUAAUUUUUUUCUUGUUUUUCUUGUUUUCUUUUGAACACAGGAAAUUCCCGAGCACUAAGAUGGUUAAGUUUUUUAAGAAUAAGCUUUCUUUAAAGUUACUUUUUCUUUUACACCCAUGGUUAACUUUAUUUUUUUUUAAGAAAAAGAAUGAAUCUUAAAACAAGCAAGCAACAAACCAACCUGAUACUUCUGAAUACAGAGUGUCCCAAAAUUGUGGUUCUGUGGUAAUUUUCUUAGAUUCAGCACGGUUUUGAAGUUCAGGGUCCCUAAGUGACAUUCAAUAAAACAAUAGGGCAUACAUUACUACCUUAAAGAUGAAACAGAAGGUGAUAUUUCUUGACUCUGCUGAAUCUGAGCAAUAGAGCUGGGCAGGAUUCCCCAGGGUUCUUUUAGAGAACCUGCUCACAGAAGUUAUUGCAAAUGAAGGGAAGCAAUGACAUCAUUGGCCAACUGAGUACCUUUUCUAGUCAUGGCAAGAAAAAGAAAAGAAAAGAAAAGGAAAAAAAAAAAAGGUUAGUCUAUAAGCAAAGUUUAAAAAUAAAAUGAUUUUUCUUCCAAACUAUUUCAUGUACUGUAUUUACAUCUACCAAUGUCGUCUCACUUUUUCUGGUCAGUGUUACAUCCUCAUUUUUAGAACCAGUCCUCCAAAACAAAAUGUUUUUAUUCUUUUUUGUCACUGUAAAAUUCCUGGGGAUUAUUAGGAAAGAUCAAAGUUUUGUAAGGGAAACUCCUUUUCAAAAGCAUGAGAGAAAGAAUCUUAGACUUUUUUUUUUAAAUUAUCUAUCUUGGUUUCCAAUCAUUCCCUUGAUCUAAAUUGAGUUUUAAGUGUAAUUUACUUUCAGACUAUUUAUGAAAAGGAGAAAAUAAGUAGGUUUUUGACAAGAACUAAACCAAUGCAACUAGGCCUGAAUCUAUAAGUUGGUACUCUCACAAUGUUUGCCAAAUUGAAUUUGGUACAGAUAAUCCUCUGAUUCAAAUAGUUGAUUUACAGAAGUAGGCUAAAAUGGCUUUUUUGUGCAUUUCUCCUGGUAGAUGAAUAAAUAUAUGAGUCUAAUUUGAUUAAUAGGUAGAUUCUCUCCUUCACCCACCCCCAAAAAGCUCUCUAAAGAUGGGCAAAGUUAGAGAAGUCAUUACUAACCCUGGAUUUAAUUGGAGAAAUUCAGUAGUUACAGCAUGUUAAUCUUGUUAAGAAGUUACUUCCUGCUCAGAGAGAAUAAAUUAAGCACAGCUCAGAUUAUUUUAGAUGGACAAUUUGGCAUAAAUACUCAUUAAUGGGGACUGGAAAAAGUCUCCUUCACCAACAAAUAUAUGUUGAGUACAAGUAGUAUUAAGUACUUUGAGGCAGUAUAUUGAUAAGGUGGGUAUAGAUUAUAGUAUCUGUUAAGGAGUUUAUAGAGUGUAAGGAGUGAUUAAUCCUUCUUUAUUUUCUGAUUUUAAAAUCGAACAUUCAUAAGGAAAAACAUAAAGUUAGAUCCCUACCCUUCUUCACAUAUGAAUUAAAUUUCUUACAGAUUAAACACCUAAAUAAGAAAAACAGAACUUUAAAAAAUAUUGAAGGCAAAUAUAGAAGAAUUUCUUCAAAACUUUGGAAUAGGGAAGGAUUUCUUAAACAAAACAUUAAAUUAUACAACCCACAGAGGAAAUGAUAAAUUGCAUUAGAUUAAAAAUUAAAAACAAAAGGCAUUCAUAAAACACUGAAUGAUAGUGAUGUGAUAUUUGCAAGGCAUGUACUUAACAAAGGAUUAAUAUUUAGAAUGUAUAAAUAACUUAUGUUUAAAAAUUUAAUAAUUCAUGAAGAAUUCCAAAGGUAAAAGAUGUGGGUAAAGAAAUACACAUAUGAAGUAAAAGUGUACUGUCAACAGAAGGAUGACUAUCAACUUCAAAAGAAAAUGAUUUCCUUUUGGAGAGAUGGAAAGAAGGAAUGAGGAAUAGAAAGGGGUCCCAAAGGAGCAUCCACUCUUUGCAAGAUUAGAGGCAACUAUGACAAGAUGUUAACACUUUUUGUUCUUUGUACUUUUUUUUACAAGCUUAUUAUAAUUUAUUUUAAAAUAUCUAACAAUCAAGUCCUGGUCCAAAAAAAAGAGACACUUUUCUUUUCCUUGGUCAAUAAUCUUGUCUGAUGGUGUCCACGUGUAGGAUGCAAAGCAAACACAUAUCCCCAGUAUUUUUUCCUUCUCAGUGUUUGAAUGCUAGAUGGUAUUGAUGGUGGAGAUUUCUCUAGUCUGGUGUCUUUCUGUUGUAAAUUUGUUUUCUGUGUAGACUUAAUGAAAAGAAUGAAAACAUGUUUGAAACUAUGAAUACGUGUAAAAGCAUUUAUUCUUACAUAAUAAAAUCAUGAAAAAAAAAUUUAAAGUGCUAUGAUUUGGAUCUAAAAUGCUCCCCAAAGCACCAUAUAUUAAAGCCUCCAUCCCCAAUUUAGCAAUAUUGGGAGAUGGUAGAGCCUUUAAGAGGUGGCCUAGUAGGAGAUUUUAGGUCAUUGGAGGCAUAUCUAAUUUCUUUCUCUUUCUUUCUUUUUUCCUAGCCAGAAUUCAAUAUGAAGUGAGUGAUUUUGUUCUUCCACCCAUUUCCUGCCAUGAUGUGCUACCUCAUCAUAGGCCCCAAGGCAGUGGGGCCCAGUGACCAUGGAAUGAACCUUCAAAAUUGUGAAUUGAAAUAAACCUUUUACAUUUUAA